GUGCAGUUUCGCUGUGGAAUUCAAAGACUAGCCAAUUUUCUCAUCUUUACCAAUAUAAAAGAAGCCACUGACUCUGAUGUAGAUUCAUAUUCUUUUCUUCUUUCACAUUCACUUCUUGGAAUCAUAUUCAUAUUCAUAUUCAUAUUCAUAUUCAUAUUCAUAUUCAUAUUCAUAUACCUGACAAAAAAAUAGAAGAGGGUUGUUUUCUUCAAACAAUUUAAAGUUGAGGAUCUUCAGCUCUAUGGGAUUAUCACUUUCCUUAUUGGUAUCAGCCUGGGAAGAAAUUGUGAGGCAUUCACUCUUUACUUUGUCUUCCAAAAUCAGCUUUGGUUCCAAAGAUGGAGCUGCAAUUUUGAGAUCAGCAGCUGGGAGCUUUAAGAAAAGGGAAUCAGAAAAUUCAAGCAGGUUGGAGUUUCAUAGACCUGAACAUGUGACCCUUGAAAGAAGCUUUUCAAUCAUGGAAAAACAGCAGCGUAAGGCAGUGCCUUUGCUAUCUCUUCCUGAUGCUGUGGUUUUCUCUUCUCCAAGACCAGUCAGUGAGCUUGAUGCUGCUGCAACUAAGCUUCAGAAAGUCUACAAGAGUUACCGAACUCGAAGAAACCUUGCAGAUUGUGCUGUUGUGGUGGAGGAGCUCUGGUGGAAGGCAUUGGAUUUUGCUGCUCUUAAACGGAGCUCUGUCUCAUUCUUUGAUGUCCAUAAACAAGAAACUGCGGUGUCGCGGUGGGCAAGGGCAAGAACAAGAGCAGCUAAGGUUGGAAAAGGUUUAUCCAAGGAUGAUAAGGCACAAAAAUUAGCCCUCCAACAUUGGCUAGAAGCUAUUGACCCACGUCACCGCUAUGGACACAAUUUGCACUUCUAUUAUGAUAUUUGGUUUGCAAGCCAAAGCACACAACCAUUUUUCUACUGGUUGGAUGUUGGAGAUGGUAAAGAAAUUAAUCUAGAGAAAUGCCCAAGGGCCACCCUAACACGCCAGUGCAUUAAAUAUCUUGGACCAAAUGAAAGGGAAGAAUAUCAAGUAACUGUUGAAAAUGGGAAGCUGGUGUACAAACAGAAUGGGGAGCUUGUGGACACUGAUGAAAAGUCCAAAUGGAUAUUUGUUCUCAGCACCACAAGAUCCUUGUAUGUGGGGAGGAAGCAAAAGGGUGUAUUUCAGCACUCUAGCUUUCUAUCUGGGGCUGCAACAACUGCUGCUGGCAGAUUAGUGGCCCAUAAGGGCGAGCUUGAGGCUAUUUGGCCUUACAGUGGCCACUAUCACCCAACUGAAGAGAACUUCAGAGAAUUUAUAAGCUUUCUUGAGGAGCAUAAAGUAGACCUCUCUAAUGUCAAGAGAUGUUCUAUAGAUGAUGAUGCUAUUUCAUAUGUGGGGACAAGUUCAUUUAUUGGCACUAAUCAAUCACAACAAAACAAGGGUCCCUCUAUAUCUUUGCCAUCAGGCCCUACAACUUCCAUUAAUGUCAACAUCAUGGGCAAGGAGACCAAUAAUGCAAGUGUUCAUGAAGAGGUUAAGGCCAAGAAGGUUGAAACAGUACCAGUUGCAUUUGAUUUCUCCAAGAGGUUAUCUUGCAAGUGGUCAACUGGUGCUGGACCCCGUAUUGGGUGUGUCCGUGACUAUCCUGAACAUCUUCAAUCAAGAGCAUUGGAGCAAGUUAACUUGUCCCCAAGGCCUGCUUCUGCAAGACCAUAUAGUUAUGGUCCAAUCCCUUCUCCAAGACCAAGCCCAAAAGUCAGGAUUUCUCCCAGGCUUGCAUACAUGGGCCUGCCUAGCCCAAGAACCCCAAUUUCUGCUGCAAGUUGAGCUCCACAGUCGAUUCUAAAGUCAGAAUCAAUUCUACUGACAAACAAGCUUCUCUAAGUGACUUCUGGGUGCGUGAAUUGAUUUUGACGAACAAUAAGCUAGCUGAUUCAGAAAUUUGUGACCAUAGAUAUUUUAUUGACCAAAAAUAAAAAGAGCACAUACUUGUCCCUAGUUACCAAAAAUAUAUCAGCCAAGGUGACAUAUAAGUUGAGGACAGUUCUUCUAGCCACAACUAGUAAAUUAUAAAUAUGAGGAGAGACAAGGCAACUAGUACAUAUGAGACCAUAUAGACUAACUAUUCUUUAUCUCUUGUUUUUAUUUGGUCUUAGAAUUUUCUGUUCCUUUAUUCUUUUAGGAAUUUGGAUGUACAAGGCUUCUGUGAGGCACAUUGUGUCCUCCACCUAAUUUGUCUCUCUCUUGUAUUUUUUGGAAGGCGGCGAUUCAGUUAAUUCUUUUAUGUAACUACAGUACAAUUUUUUAGUUACACGUGAUAAUAACAAUUCUUGUUCUGCA